AUGACGCUGGAUCAAGAUUUGGCCCACGAGGCGGUGGUGGAGUUGUUGGCGCACCAAUUCGCAUACCCGGUAAAAUGGAUCGAUACACAGGACGUCCUUCUCGGGCAGCAGAAGAAGGAGAGGGUGGUGGAGAUCGGGCCGUCGAACACGCUGACUGUCAUGGCGAAGCGGACCGUGGCAUCACAGCUCAGAGACCACGACGACGCGCAAUGGAUCCGGAGGGACCUGCUGGCCUGCGAGGACGACACUGACGAGAUAUAUUUUCAGCGAGACCUGCCGCCGCCCAGCGCGAGCGCCGCGGCGGUGGAUGAGGCAGCAGCGGAGCGUCGGCAGAGCCAGCCGAGCGUUGAGGAACCGGCGGCCGUCCCUGCGCCGGCGCCCAGGAGCGGGCCGGCGCCAAAGAAGGCGGACGAGCCCAUCGCCGCGAAGGCCAUACUGCGGGCCAUGAUCGCACAGAAACUGAAGAAGCGGCCGGAAGACGUCCAGGACCAGGACAGCAUCAAGUCGCUGGCGGGCGGGCGGUCGACGCUCGAGAACGAGAUUGUCGGCGACCUGGUCAGCGAGUUCGGCGGCGUGCCCGAGCGCGCCGAAGACAUGGGCGUCGCGGCACUCGGCGACGCGCUGCAGCGCGGCUUCCGGGGGGCCCUGGGCGCGCAGACGUCGGCGAUGGUGGAGAAGCUGAUGGGGGCGAAGAUGCCGGGCGGGUUUGGGUUGAGAGAGGCACGCGCGUACCUCGACGCGCGGUGGGGCCUAGCGAGCGGCCGCCAGGACGCGGUGCUGCUAAGCGCCGCCACCGACCCGCCCGCCGCCCGACUGCCCGACGUCGGCACCGCCCACGGCUUUCUCGACGCCAAGGCCCGCCGCCACCUGCUGGACGCAGGACUCCCCGUCGACGACCCGCCGCCAACUCACCAGAAUGCGGCUCCGUCCGCCGACUCAGAGGCGCUCCGCUCCAUCACCAAGGACCACGAGGCUUUCAACCGCCGCCAGCUGGAGCUUUACGCCCGACAGCUUGGUGUCGACCUCCACGCGGGUUUGAAAGCCUCUGAAAACGCCCUUGCCGCAGCCACAGGCCUCCAGGACCAGCUUGAUUUGUGGAACACUGAACAUGGACAGGCGUACGCUUCCGGAAUCCGUCCAAUUUUUGAUCCGCGAAAGGCGCGCUCGUUUGACUCGAGUUGGGCGUGGGUGAUCCAGGAUGCACUCAGCCUGUUCCACCGUUUGCUCCACGAUGCGCCAGCACCCGACGACGCCCAAGUGCGCGAGCUCUGCAACUCCAUCUCUCAGCGCUCCACUCCCAGGCUCCUCGAGGCUCUGCGCUACCUGCAAGCCAUCUGCCAGAAGGAUUCGACCGACCGCCACAAAGCAGCCGAGCAAGCCAUCACGUCGCUCAUCGGCCGCUGUGAGGCCCAGCAGACUCCAUCUUUUAUCUUCCCGGCCCCAGCCAGCGGUGCAAGCCCAUGCACCCACCAGAUAAAGCGCAAGUCAUCUGGCGAAUGGGUACGAGACGAGGAAGCGACCCACGCCUUUUACGAAGCACUUCGCACUGUUCAGACGGACGGCCUAUCAUUCAUCGACCGCACUGUUUUGAUAACUGGUGCUGGCCGUGGCUCUAUCGGCGCAGAGAUUCUGGCCGGUUUACUUGCCGGAGGAGCCAAGGUCAUUGUGACCACCAGCAGCUAUUCGUCCGCCAGCAUCAAUGCCUACAGGGACGUGUACGUCGACCACGCUGGCCCCGGUUCCCGUCUCGUUGUUGUGCCCUUCAACCAGGGAAGCCAUUCUGACGUAGAGGCCUUGAUCUCGUACAUCUAUGACCAGAGUGGGCUUGGAUGGGACCUUGAUGCCGUUGUUCCAUUUGCCGCUAUUUCCGAAGGAGGCCGAGAGGUUGACACCAUCGACUCCAAGUCCGAACUGGCUCAUCGGGUCAUGCUUACGAAUGUAAUCCGCCUCGUUGGGGCUAUCAAGAGGCACAAACAGGGAGCUGGAUACGACACCCGCCCUGCGCAGGUUAUUCUGCCACUGUCCGCGAACCACGGCAUCUUUGGCGGAGACGGCCUCUACGCCGAGUCCAAGAUCGCCUUGGAAACGCUGUUCAACAAAUGGUAUUCCGAGUCCUGGAGUAACUACCUUUCCAUUGGCGGAGCUGCCAUUGGCUGGACUCGCGGAACUGGGCUCAUGAAAGGAAACGACGUGCUUGCAGAAGAGGUAGAGAAGCUCGGCAUCAGUACCUUCUCGCAAUCUGAGAUGGCGGCAAAUAUCCUUGCCUUGCUGGACCCGGAAAUGAUGGAAGUAAUGGAGGAGCGCCCUCUCUACGCAGACUUUAAUGGCGGCCUCGAAACAGUUCACGACCUCUCCGAGCAGUUAAGGCAGAUACGCAAGAACGCCACCGAUGCGGAUGACAUCAAACGCGCUCUGGCUGCCGAAGAGUCCUUGGAUAACCCAGAGAUGGCGUUCGACGAAGACCCCUUCCUUCCUCGCGCCAACAUCGGGCUGGGCUUUCCAGACCUUCCAGACUUUCAAUCUUCCUUGAAACCACUGAACAAGCUGCACGGCAUGGUUGACCUUGACAGCGUUGUUGUCGUUGCGGGCUUCUCGGAGCUUGGACCCUGGGGAUCCGCACGUACCAGAUGGGAAAUGGAAGCCAGGGGAACCUUCUCGUUGGAAGGCUGGGUGGAGAUGGCUUGGAUCAUGGGCCUCAUCAAAUACGCAGAGCACCCGACGUGGCAGGGAAUCGAGCAGCCUGCCGGCUGGGUUGACGCCAAGAGUAGUGAGCCGAUCCAAGAUCACGAGAUUGAAGGACGCUACGGCGAACACAUCAAAGCGCACACCGGCAUUCGGAUUGUUGAGCCAGAGCUUUGGGACGGCUAUGACCCCGACAAGAAGCAGUUCUUUCAGGAAGUCGUAGUGCAAGAGGACCUGGAGCCGUUUGAAACAUCCAACGACACCGCCCAGGCCUUUAAACGCCGCCACGGACAUCACGCAGACGUCCUGGAUGGCAAGGUGUACAUUAAAAAGGGCGCAACACUCUUGAUUCCAAAGGCAGCCAAGUUCAGUCACAACGUCGCCGGUCAGAUCCCCACCGGUUUCAACCCGCGCACGUACGGCAUUUCCGAAGACAUCAUCUCUCAGGUGGAUCCAAUCACUCUUUACUCUCUCGUCUGCACCAUCGAAGCUCUCUUCUCCGCCGGUAUCACCGAUCCAUAUGAGAUAUACCAGUACAUUCACGCUUCGGAGCUUGGUAACUGCGUUGGAACCGGCGUUGGCGGCGUGGCAUCAGCAGCGCGCAUGUACAAAGGCCGGUCGAUGGAGAAGGACGUGCCAAAAGACGUUCUCCAGGAAACUUUCUUGAACACGGUUGGAGCGUGGAUUAACAUGCUCCUGUUGUCAUCCAACGGUCCCAUUAGAACCCCGGUGGGAGCCUGCGCCACUGCCAUUGAAUCCCUCGACACGGCUCAUGAUUUGAUCAUGACCGGGAAGGCAAAGUUCUGCCUUGUCGGAGGUGUUGAUGAUCUGGAAGAGCACAUGGCCUACGAGUUUGCCAAUAUGAAGGCUACGAAUAACAACGAGCUGGAUGCCGCCCACGGACGUGCUCCCAGCGAGAUGUCCCGCCCUACCGCCUCGGAUCGGAGAGGAUUUCUCGAGUCUCAUGGCUGCGGUCUCCAGGUGGUCUGCACAGCAAAGCUUGCUCUGGAAAUGGGGCUUCCCGUUUAUGGCAUCCUCGCCUUCACUGGAACUGCAAGUGACAAGGUUGGCCGUUCUGUUCCAGCGCCUGGCAAGGGAGUCAUGGUCAAUGUCAGAGAACGGCCCGCAGCCUUUGCUUCUCCACUGCUCAGCCUUGAUUACCGACGACGCCAGAUGACAAGCAGAAGAAGUCAAAUCAAUGAAUUCAAAGAGCUGGAACUUGCCCAGUUGGAAGAUGAAAUAGCCGCCAUGGACAUGGACAAAGACUCUCUUGAGGAGUACAAAACCUAUCGCGAGCAACACAUCAAUUCCGAGGCUUCACGCCAGGAGUCUGAUGCCUUGCGGGCUUUUGGAAACAACUUUUGGAGACAACACCCGGAGAUUGCGCCCAUUCGUGGCGCUCUUGCAACCUGGGGUCUCUCGAUUGAUGAUCUCCAGGUGGCAUCAUUCCACGGCACCUCGACCAUCAAAAAUGAGCAGAACGAGUGUGAAAUAAUGCAGCGUCAGCUCACGCACCUCGGUCGGACCCGUGGAAACAGGAUAUUGGGCGUCUUUCAGAAGUAUCUCACCGGUCAUCCGAAAGGAGCAGCUGGUGCUUGGAUGCUCAACGGAUGCUUGCAGAUGAUGCAUACCGGCCUCGUUCCGGGAAACCGGAAUGCAGACAACAUCGAUCCUUAUCUCGAGCAGUUCGACCACAUUGCCUUCAUGAACAAGAGCAUCCAGACAACAGGUAUCAAAGCUGCAUCUGUCUUCUCUUUUGGCUUUGGGCAAAAGGGAACACAGGCAAUUGUCGUUCACCCUAAAUACCUCUUCGCAGUUUUGGAUGAAGCAGAGUAUGAUGUUUACAAAAGGAAGACGUUGCAGAGGCGAAGGGUUGCAACUGCAGAGUUCCAGCAACGAAUGUUGAAUGGGACGUUAUUCAUAGCCAAGGAUGUUGCUCCAUUCCAGGGCAAACGAGAAGCCGAGGCUUUGAUAGAUCCUACCUCCCGCCUGUCUUCGUCGUAG